CACACGAGCGUACGUUUUUUUUUUACGUCUGCAACGUAAGUAAGUAACGACUGUAUGUGAGUGUCUGUCUGUCUGUCUGUGGCACCAAACAGCGAACGGCUCGGUUUUGCCUGACCUGAAAUAUGCCACAUUCACACAGGAUCGACAUGUGUCACCAAACUAGAAAUGGCAAUCUUCCCGCAGCCUGACUGAGGAAGCUAGCCAGCCACUUGGCUACCUCCUAGCCCAGGUUAGCUGAGUGCAGUCGGCGCAUCACAAACCAACCAGCAGCUACCGAGAGAAGAUGGCGGGAUACUCGCCUGUCCUGCCGAUGAGGGAUGGUGGAGCGAGGUUUGGUAUCGGACAGCUCUUUCCCCGGUCCCGGUCCGGUUCAGAAUCCGAUAGUGAACUGUCUCAGAGUCUGGCCCGAACCAAGAUCCGGUCUUACGGGAGUACGGCUAGCGUUGCGGCUUCUCUCGGCGAGAAAUACAUAGAGCAUCGGGUCACAGACAGCGACACUUUGCAGGGCAUAGCCCUCAAAUACGAAGUAACG